AUGAAUAAAAUAUAAAACUCAUCCGAUUAAAUUUAACCUUACUCGUACUCCUCCAUUAAUAAGAUAAGCAAAUUUUUCUUUACUUGGUGUUAUCCAAUACUAAAUGUAAGUUCUCAUUUUAAUUCGAUAUUAGAAAGGAAGAGUAAAUCCAUUAUAAUAAACCGAUUUGUGUUUGAUUGCAAAGGAGGAUUCCUCCUAUCAUAGUUUUCUUAACUAUCAGAACUAAAUUGAUUAUGCAAAGAGAAGCAACAGCUCUCUUAUUGGAGAUAUCGCAAGGGCAUUUCAAAGUAUUUAUAUGGCCUAAAGAGAUUAGGAUAAAUGGUGAUUACAUUUAUUGCGUACUUUAUUGUAGCUAUUUUAUCUGCUAUAUAACCAUAUAUUGCAAAUAUUGGAUAGACAUUCUUCAUAUAUGACAAAGAUGAAAAGAAACCUUCAGGAAGCAGUAUGGGUUAGUUUGUUAUUUUACAGUUAAUAUAUAUGCUUGCUAUCACAUUAAUUAAGCCAUAUUAAAUAUUUGAACAAGUAAAAAAUUAUAUAUUCUAAGACUUUGCUUAGUGUUAAGAUUCAGGGAGCCUUGUAGUAUAGAGUAAUGUAGAAAUCACUAAGUUUUGCUAUGUCUCUUUCAAAGAACUAUUCUUUUGGAGAAUUACUUACCAUUCUAUAAGUAGAUAUUAUCUAAGCAUCUAAUUAUUAUAUUUACUUGUUCAGUCUAUGGACUUGUAUUCCUCAAUUGAUAGUUGGAGGCAUAAUCUUUUACAUUACUCUUGAAGAGAAUAGUAUAGUUCCUGCAAUAGGAGCUGUUGUAUAAGUAUUUUUUGGAUUGAUUUUUGGUCAUUAUUAUGGAGUGAUUCAAAAAAAGUUUAUGGAAGCCAAAGAUUAACGUAUUCAGUUGGUUGAUGAAUCACUUUUAUAUGCUAAAUAGAUUAAAUUAAAUUGUUUAGAAGAUUUCUUUGAGAAGAGAGUAAUAUUACAUAUAAUUUUAUAGGUGUAAGAAUAAAGGAAAAUUGAAUUGAAAUAUUUAAGAUAUUAGGUUUGGAUGGUUAUUGCUAUUAAAUUAGUGAUGCUUAUCAUAAUGGUUUUAAGUUGGGAGAUAGCAUUUAUAGUAGCAAAAAAAAUUAAUUUUUCAAUCAUCAGUACAAUGAUACAAAAUUAUACUAGUAUUGUUAUGACUUUGGAUUCAUUACCAAGUAUUAAAAUUUUGAAAAUCAAUUUUAGCUCUAUUUAAGAAUUAUUAGAUGUCUUUGAAUUCAAUGAAUAGAAUUGAAAAAUUCUUUAAGGAUAAAGAUAUUUAAAUUCAUAAAUAAUAAAAUGAAAAUAGCAUUGAAUUUAAUAAUGUUAAAACAGGAUGGAAAAAGUAAUAGAAUGAAGAUACAAUCUAUGACUUAGAUCAAUCAUAAACAGGAAUGUUAUAAAGAUAAGAAGAUAAGACUUAAUUCAUUGUUGAAAUUAGUAUGAAAGUUUUGCCAGGCUAAUUUAUUGCUAUUGUUGGAAGUUCAGGAAGUGGAAAGUCUACUAUUUUACGUUCAUUAUUGGGAGAAACUUAUGUUGAUACUGGAAAUAUAUCAUAUCAUGGAUAAAUUAGUGUUGCUUCAUAAGAACCUUGGAUUAUUAAUGAUAGCAUAAAGAAUAAUAUUACAUAUAUGGAUCAAUUUAAUUAAGAGAAAUAUAAAUAAGUCAUUGAAUGUUGUUGUUUACAAUAAGACAUAGAUGGAUUUAAAUAUAAAGAUAAUACCAUACUGAUUGAAAAGGGAGAUAACUUAUCAGGUGGAUAAUAAAAGAGAAUAAAUUUAGCUAGAGCAGUAUAUAAAGAUGCUGAUAUCUAUUUAUUUGAUGAUCCAUUAAGUGCUUUAGAUAUUAAGGUAAAAUAUGAAAUUUAGUAAAAAUGUUUUGAAGGGUAUUUAAAAAACAAAACAAGAAUUUUAUUUACUAAUUCUUUGGCUAAUCUAUAAAAUUGUGAUAUGAUCUAUAUUUUUGAGGAUGGAAAGAUGAUUAAUUCUGGGACUUUUGCUGAAUUAAAGAAUAUUAAAUAAUCUUAAAUUAUAAUAAAAACAUAAGAAAAUAGAGAGUUAUUAGAUAAGUAAUUUGAAGAGAAAAUAUAUUAAGCACCUUCUCAUUAAUUAGAAACACAAGCUACAUUAAUAUAGGAAGAAGAUAGAAAGUAAGGUAAUGUAGAAACUAAAAUAAUGAAAUAAAUCUUUGAGUUUUAAGGCAAAUGGUUAAUGGUUAUUAUCAUUAUAUUUUAUAUUGGUAUAGUAACAACAUGUUAAUUGUAUGGGAAUCAAAAAAUGGCUGAUGAUUCAAUGUAUAUUAAUAGUAUAUUAUAAAAAUAGACCAGAUGAUGAAUACAAAGAACUUGCCAUUAUUUAUUAUCCUAUAAUACAAGUUCCAGUUGUUAUUGCUAACAUUAUUAUAAUUUUAUAUUUUCUAUUUAGAGGAUUAAGCACAUCUGAAUAAAUUCAUGUAGAUGUCAUUAAAAGUUUGUUAAAAGCAUCUUUUACUAAAUUUUAUAAUACCAUCUUAAUUGGAAGAUUGAUAAAUAGAUUAGGUAAAGAUAUUACUAAUAUUGAUUACAUGUUUCCAAACGAAAUUUACAAUCUCAUAUUUAAUAUUAUAUCUCUUCUUUUGCCUUUGAUAGCAAGCAUAAUUUAUUUGAAUCCAGUUGCAUUACCAGUUUUGAUUGUGUUUUUCAUUAUUUUGAUAGUACUUACUAUCAUUUAUUAUAAAUCACUAAGAGAAAUAAGUAGAAUGGAAGCUAUUUCUAAAAGUCCAAUUGUUUCAUUUUAUUAAUAGAUUUUACGUGGAAUCCUUUUUGUGAGAAGUUGUUUACCACAUUAAGAAGUUAUUGAUCGUCAUUUGAAAAAUGUAGAUUUGGAUUUAGGCAAUCAAGUAAAUUUGAAUGGAUUAUAAUAAUGGUAUUAAUCUAUAGCAGGUACUAUUACUAAUGUAUUCUAAACUCUUCUUUUUAUAGUUUGUGUAAGUGUUAUUAUUUAAUUAAAUUAGUUUUAUGCAGAAGGUUCCACUCCUUUUAUGACAUACUUGAUCUUGUUACAAAUGUAGAGUGUAUCUCUAUUAUUAUUAUUGGUGGCUGUUUCGUAUGGUAACAUCCUUAUAUAUUGUAUCUCUUUCGAAAGAUGUUUACAUUUAGCAAAGUAUAGAAAUUUUUUGAAUUUUUUUAGUUAAAUUCCUUUAGAGGAGGAUGAUUUAAGAGAUUAAAUUCAAGAGGAAUAAUAUAAAUCGAAUCAUUUGAUAGAAUUAGAGAAUUGCAAUUUUUAAUAUAGACCAAGAACCAAAUAAGUUUUAAAAUAAUUAUCAUUAUAAGUAGAUUAUGCUGAGAAAGUAAAUAAUAUUUAGAUAAAAUUAGAUUGGAAUUGUUGGAAGAACUGGAGCAGGGAAAAGUUCAAUAAUUAUGGCAUUAACAUAUAUGUUAGAAUGUACUGAUGGAAAAUUUUUUAUUGAAGGUCAAAGUGUUAAAUAAUUGAGAUUAUAGCAAUUACGUUAAAAAUUUAGUGUAAUUCCAUAAGAACCUCUUAUUUUUAUGGGAACUUUAUAGCAAAAUCUAGAUCCUUUAAAUUAAUUUGAUAUUAAAGAGAUUGAAUCAGUUGCUUAAAUUUGUUAAUUGUUUAAAUUAGAUGCACUUAAAAAGAAAGAAUUAUAAAGUGAGAUUUAAGUAUUUGGAUAGAAUCUGAGUGUUGGUGAAAAACAAUUAAUCACGUUGGGUCGUUGUCUUUUAAACAAACGGAGUAUUGUAUUGGUUGAUGAAGCAACUGCAAAUAUUGAUAGUAAAACUGAAGAAAUGAUAAAAGAUGUAAGAAUAUGAUAUAUUAUUUUUUAGAUAUUUGAAAAACAUUUCACUCAAUCUGCAAUGAUAAUGAUAGCACACAAAAUAACAACAAUUAUGAAUUGUGACAAAAUUAUAGUUCUAUCAGAUGGAUGUGUCACUGAAUGUGAUACUCCUAAUAACCUUUUACUCAAUCCUAAUAGUGAAUUCAAGAAGAUAGUUGAUUUGAUCAAAUAGUCUGAACAACUAUGA